CGGAAGUCGAGUCUAGAAAAGGAGGAAAAAAAAAAAAAUGAGCAGACGAGAGAGUAAUCCAUCCCUCCGGAUAAUGGAGAUAUCUACGCUGAAACGACCGUCGAGUAGUCCGGAUCUUCAGUCUUCAAAGGCCGUCCGUUCAACUUUGAUUCUGCAGCCAAAAUUUGGAUCUCCGUUGCUGAUGCUGUCUCUAGAAAAGGGUGGUUGUCGUGUGUACAACCCAGCCGAUGAUAUGGUUUACGAGACGAAGAGUGACCUUUCAGGGUAUCGGUUUCUGGCAAGCUCGGGUAAGUGGUUUCUGGUGAUAGAUCCUCGAUUGAAACUCUAUAUUAUAGAUGUGUUUAGCGAGGAGAGGAUCGAACUUCCAGCACUAGAAACAUUCAAGGGUACCAUUUUUAAGCUUGAGCGACUAGGCGAAGAUAAAAUCAGGAAUGUAAAAAUGUGUACUUUUUCAUGUUUUGGGAGUCCUCAGACUGCCGAGGACGUGAGAGGUUUUUUGUGGGUAGACGACAAGAAAGGAGACUACGUUGUCUUGUGGCGAUUCGAAUAUAACGAGUACCUCGCCUUUUGCAAGAAAGGGGAUGAUCAUUACCGCGAGAUUCCAACACGGGUCGGUGUUCGCAUGGAUUUACAAGGCCUCAGAGAUAUGCUACUUACAGGUUACAAUCUUUACAUCUUUUCCAGCCGUAAUUUCAUACGACACUUGGAUUUGUCUGGAGGACACGAUGGAUUCACUGAUGUGUCCGUGAACCAUAGGCAUCCAAUGUGGCUGCCACCUCUGGGAAAGGAUGAACGUGAAAGAAUCAGGAAAUAUCAGAUCCACAAAUCUACCGCAAGAAUUGCUGUUACAAGAUCUGGUGAGGUUUUGUAUGUCGAAACUUACAUGUUAAACUCUGGAAUGGGUAGGAUGUUCCACCUGUACAAGAGGGAUCCUAAAGAUCUCGACCCGAAUACCAUUAACACCUUGCUUGUUGAGGUACAUUCUCUAGGUGAUGAGGCCCUCUUUUUGGAUUUGGGGAUCACCGUGCCUGCUGACCAUACCCUUGGUAUUGAGCCUAACUCCAUCUAUUUCACCCGUGCUGAUCAUAUCUUCCACCACAAGUCUCCAUCCAUCGAGAUCUGCGUGUUCAGUCUUACAACAAAGACCUUCAAACACUUCCCCAUUUUCGAUGGCUCAAACAUCAAGGAUGCUAAGUGGUUUCUGCCCUCUUGAUUCUUGUGAUCCUCAUGGUUUCUCCCUCGGCCUUGCUCUGUUUCUUUCUGCUGCAAAUUCUGGUGUUGUUGACACAUUUCCAGACUCUACUUGUUUAUCCUUUUUUUUAAUCUUUUGAUGUAUAAUCUUUCUAUGACAUUGCCAUGGUGUUCAAAUAUCUUUGACUUAUGUUCCAAAUUUAUUUCAACCCAUCACUUCA